GCCCUGCUCUCCUGCUCUGGGACAUUGCGGCCCCUCCCUGUAAGUCGUCACUGCGCAGACUCCGGGCUGUCAGGGCUCGGCACACUGACAGUAUGGCGGCGGAGUGCAGCUGGAAGGAUGCUACUGUCGCUGGUGAUGUCUCUGCUACCGGCAGCGCCUAAAUGGACUAUUGAAGGCGGGAAAACGAGCGGAAUUACCGAGAGAGACCUGUCGCCGUGAGCUCCCAAGAUGGCCAGGCUCGCCGACUACUUUGUUGUGGUCGGGUACGACCUCGACAAGCGAGUGGAGGGAGAGGGUCAAGGCUGCAUUCUCCAACGGUUCCCUGAGAAGGAUUGGGAGGACAGUCCUUUCCCACAAGGCAUUGAGCUGUUCUGUCAGCCCAGCGGCUGGCAGGUGGUCCCUGAGCAGCAGCCGGCCUCUUUCUUUGUAGCAGUUUUGACUGACAUUAACUCAGACCGCCACUACUGUGCCUGCUUCACCUUCUGGGAGUGUUUGGAAAAUCUACAGAAAGCUGAUGGCAGCAGGGGGGAUGAGGCAGACGAGGAGCCAGAUGUUGUUCAACCGGCUAAAGUCUUCGCCCCGAAGAGUCUGGUUCUGGUGUCCCAGCUUGAUUACACCGAGGUUUUUAGGAACUGUCUGGGUCUGAUCUAUACAGUCCAUGUGGAUGGCCUCACUGUUCCCUUGGAAACUGUGAUCGGAAACCUGCUGACCUGUGUCAUCCCCCUCGCCGGAGGCUCACAGACAGAUGAGUCUGCAGAUUGUAGUUUAGACACAGUCGUACCGGGCGAGGCCGGUGACUGGCUGCCGUUCUCUCUUCAGCUGGGCCAAGAGGAGAAAGCAAAGAGUUUGAGGACGAUAACUUUAGGUGCUGGUGACCGGCAAGUGAUCCAGACUCCCAUCAGCGACUCCCUUCCUGUCAGCGGCUGCAGCGUGGCGCAGCUCUUCAGACAGCUCGGUAUCAUCAACGUGUUGUAUCUGUUCUGUGCUGCUCUCACCGAGCACAAGAUCCUGUUCCUGUCCAGCAGCUACCAGCGGCUGACAGACGCCUGCCGGGGGCUGCUGGCCAUCAUGUUUCCCCUCAAGUACAGUUUUACCUACGUCCCUAUCUUACCUGGAAAAUUGCUAGAAGUCCUGAGCACCCCCACCCCCUUCAUCAUUGGUGUCAACUCCUUCUUCCGCUCAGAAACACAAGAGCUGCUGGAUGUGAUCAUCGCUGACCUCGACGGCGGAACUGUCACCAUCCCCGAGUGUGUGCACAUCUCCCUACUGCCCGAGCCCCUUCUUCAGCAGACCCAGACUGCACUCUCAAUGGUUUUAGAUCCAGAGUUGGAAGUGGCUGAUCAAGCCUUCCCUCCUCAGUCCACGCAGCCCUCUGCGCUCAAGAUCCAGGAUAAAGAGAUCCGAGCGAUCUUCCUCUGGCUCUUCGCUCGCCUCUUCCAGGGCUAUCGUUGGUGUUUGCACAUCAUCCGCAUUCACCCAGAACCGGUGAUCCGCUUCCAUAAGGCGGCCUUCCUGGGCCAGCGAGCGCUGAUGGAGGACGACUUCCUCACGAAGGUGUUGGACGGGAUGGCGUUUGCUGGUUUCGUCUCAGAGAGAGGCCCCCCUUACAGAGCUACGGACCUGUUCGAUGAUCUGGUAGCAAACCAGGUGGAGCGGAUCCGGCAGGAGGAGAGCUGUCCUCACAAAGUCUUGAAUCAUGUGAAGGAGCUUGCAGAGCAGCUCUUCAAGAACGAGAACCCAUAUCCCGCCGUGGCCAUGCACAAAGUGCAGCGGCCAUCGGAGAGCAGUCAGAACCCCGCGCAGAACCAGAAACCCUUCCCCGCUCUGGAUGAGGUUUCAGUGCAGCUCUUCAUUGAUCAUGCUGCUGCCAAGCUGAAGACCGCCCCUCCUGUGGUGAAGGCAGAGGUCAAAGGCAUGGUGCCAUCCGGACCUCCACUGGGAGACAUCGUGGACAGGAAUGGCUGUGUGAUGGCCAACAGCGCCCGCAGGCUGGAGGUUGUCCGGAACUGCAUCACCUACAUCUUUGAGAACAAAAUGCUGGAAGCCAAGAAGCUGAUGCCAGCUGUCCUGCGGGCGCUAAAGGGUCGGGCGGCUCGGCUCUGUUUAACUCAGGAGCUCAACCAGCACGUCCUGCAGAACCGGGCCGUGCUGGACGACCAGCAGUUUGACUACAUAGUUCGCAUGAUGAACUGCACUUUACAGGACUGUUCACACAUGGAUGAACACGGCGUUGCUGCAGCUCUGCUGCCCUUGGUCACAGCCUUCUGCAGAAAACUGGGAGCAGGCAUCACGCAGUUUGCCUACAGCUGCGUUCAGGAGCACACUGUGUGGACCAACAUGCAGUUCUGGGAGGCCAUGUUCUACAGUGACGUCCAGAACCACAUCCGGGCUCUGUACCUGGAGACGGAGGAGCACAGCAUCCCGGUAAGUUCCUGCUUCCUGCUGGUCAAGCGUUCCCAGCCGGUCACUCAUCCCGCUGUUUGCUACCAGGACGGGUCUGGCAGCAGGAAGGACAUCGGCGCCUUGGAGCUGGCGUCGGAGCAGAGCCGGCUGUGGCCCACUCUCAGCAAGGAAAUGCAGGCGGAGUUGGUGCAGAAGGAGGAAAGCACGGUGUUCAGCCAGGCCAUCCACUACGCCAACAGGAUGAGCUACCUGCUGCUGCCUCUGGACACCAGCAAGAACCGGCUGCUGAAGAGCUCCAACCUCGGGGACGUGGAGAGCGUCAGCAACAGCUACGUCACAAACAGCAUCGCGGGCAGCAUGGCGGAGAGCUACGACACGGAGAGCGGCUUCGAAGACGCCGAGAGCUCAGACGUGGCCAACUCAGUGGUGCGCUUCAUCAACCGCUUUGUGGAUAAAGUGUGUAACGAGAGCGGCGUCACUAACGAACACCUGAAAGCGCUCCACACCAUGAUACCAGACAUCGUUCAGAUGCACAUCGAGACGUUAGACGCAGUCCACCGGGAGAGCAAGAGACUGCCUCCCAUCCAAAAGCCCAAACUGCUGAGGCCCACUCUGCUGCAAGGAGAGGAGCUAAUGAUGGACGGGAUGCGGGUCCAUUUGGUUCCCGACGGGCGGGAUGAGGCAACGGGGCUGAUGGGAGGUCCUCCUCUCCUUCCAGCUGAGGGAGCCAUCUUCAUCACCACCUACCGCCUCAUCUUCAAAGGCACGCCCACCGACCCCCUGGUGGGGGAGCAGAUUGUGACUCGCUCCUUCCCCGUGGCCUCUCUGACGAAGGAGAAGAAGAUCUCAGUCUCGACCAUCGACCAGUAUGUGCAGGAGGGACUCCAGCUGCGGUCCUGCACCUUCCAGCUCAUAAAGAUUGCGUUUGACGAAGAGGUGGAGUCAGACUUGGUGGAGGUUUUUAGGAAGCAUCUCCACAAGCUGCGCUACCCUCAGCACGUGCAGGGAACCUUCGCCUUCACUGCGGGUCAGUAUGUGAAGAAGACGCCGUCGGAGGACAAGAUCAAAGACAAGAACCCAUCACUGAAAACGCUCUCCAGACACCUGGUGAAGACCGCUAAGAGGACGAUUGUGCGGCAGAACGUGUCCAGGAAGAAGUACUCUCCGCCCACAUGGGAGAACCGCAGCAGCUUGCAGUCUGAACUGGAUGAAGACGAGAUUUCUGUGUCAGAGGAGGUGGACCACAGCGCGCUCACCCUGUCCUCCACCAUCCGCUCCUCAGACAGACAGACCAUGAGCAACGUGGUGGAGCGGGCCUGCUGCAGAGAUUACCAGCGCUUGGGUCUGGGCACGCUCAGUAACAGCCUAACGCGUUCGAAGAGCGAGCCUUUCCGGAUAUCCACCGUCAACCGCAUGUACAGCAUCUGCAGGAGCUACCCCGGCCUGCUGAUCGUCCCUCAGACCAUCCCGGACUCCACCAUCCAGAGGAUCUCUCGCUGCUAUCGACAGAACCGCUUCCCCGUGGUGUGCUGGAGGAACCCUCGAACCAAGGCCGUCCUGCUGCGCUCGGCGGGUCUCCACGCUAAAGGAGUGGUCGGGUUCUUCAAGUCACCCAACACGACCACUUCAGUUCCUAGUCAGGCUGACUCCACCAGCCUGGAGCAGGAGAAGUACCUUCAGGCCAUCAUCAGCAGCAUGCCGUCCUACAGCGAGAGCAGCGGCAGGAACACGCUGAGCGGCUUCUCCUCCACUCACAUGAGCACCUCUGACUCUGCAGAUAAACUCCGGCAGCCUAAAAUCGGGAUGCUCAUGAAGCAGGUGAUGGGCGUGAAGGAGGAGGCUCCCGGGACGUUCAGCAGAGGAGCUCAUGGUCAAUGGGCCAAAGUCCCCUCUCAGCCCAAAGGGUCUAACAAGACCAGGAACCCUCCCAGAGGUAAAUGGGGCAGUAUCCGGGCGAGCGGAUCAGGAGCUACACGUCUGAGUGCCUACAACCCCGACGUAGGGACGCGUCUGGCCGGAUUCGAGUCUCCGCAGUCCAACGGCGGGCUGAGCGAGUCGCUCUUCUAUCGGCAGCAGAAGGCGUUCCUCUACAUCAUCGGGGAUAAAUCUCAGCUGAAGGGGGGGAAGCAGGACUCGUUCCAGCAGUGGGAGGUGGUCCCCAUCGAGGUGUGCGACGUGCGGCAGGUGAAGAACAGCUUCAAGAAGCUGACGAAGGCGUGCAUGCCCAGCUCGGUGCCGACGGACAGCUUCCUGCGCUGCGUGGAGGAGUCGGAGUGGAUGUCUCUGCUGCACAGGGUGCUGCAGGUGUCCGUCCUGGUGGUGGAGCUUCUGGACACGGGCUCGUCCGCCAUGGUCAGCCUGGAGGACGGCUGGGACGUCACCACGCAGGUGGUGUCCCUGGUCCAGCUGCUGUCGGAUCCGUACUACAGGACCUUCGACGGGUUCCGGCUGCUGGUGGAGAAGGAGUGGCUGUCGUUCGGACACAGGUUCAGCCACCGGGGGGCGCAAACGCUGGCCAGCCAGAGCAGCGGCUUCACGCCGGUGUUCCUGCAGUUCCUGGACUGCGUGCAUCAGAUCCACCUCCAGUUCCCCAUGGAGUUUGAGUUCAGUCAGUACUACCUGAAGUUCCUGGCUUAUCACUACGUCUCCAACCGCUUCCGCACCUUCCUGCUGGACUCGGACUACGAGCGCAUCGAGCUGGGAGUGCUGUUUGAGGAGAAGGGCGAGAGGAAAGGCCCUCAGGUGUGCAAGUCCGUCUGGGACUACAUCGACCGGCUGCACAAGAGGGGCCCCAUGUUCUACAACUACAUGUUCAGCCCUGAGGACGAGGAGGUGUUGAGGCCGUACACCUUCGUCUCCAACCUGAAGCUGUGGGAUUUCUACACGGACGAGACGCUGUCCGAAGCGCCGUCAUACGACUGUGAGCUGCGGGGCCGGCAGGUCCGCGAGGACGUGGCGGACAAACCGGACACCAGCGGUCCCGUGACCCAGCGGCGCAUCGUGUGGCCGUGCUACGACAACCUGAGCAAGGUGAUGCCGGACGCCAUCAGCAAGCUGCUGCAGGACAUGCAGGAGCUGGAGGCUGAUCUGGGAGUGGCGGCCGAGAGGUGGAAGGAGACCUGGGACAAAAUCAAGACGGCGCAGAGGACGGAGACCAAACUGGAGAACAAGCCGUCCUUCUCCAGCUCGCUGCUGAUGGCGUCCAACCUGAGCCACCAACGCCGCUCUCAGGGAGUCUGCCUGCAGGAGAGCGCCGUCGGGUCCUCCCUCAACCUGGGCUUGGACAGCGAGGCCGGCGCCACCUCCACCCCGGUGCCGGGCCGUACCAGCACCAGCACACUCUACAGCCAGUUCCAGAGCACCGAGAGCGAGAACCGGAGCUUUGAAGGGGUUUUGUUCAAGAGAGGCGCCAUUUUGAAACCGUGGAGACCGCGCUGGUUUGUUCUGGAUAAAACCAAACAUCAGCUGCGAUACUACGACAACCAGAAGGCCAAGGAGUGUCGGGGGUUCAUCGACCUGGCGGAGGUGGAGGCCGUCACAUCGGGGUCGCCUAUGGUGACGUCGCCCAAAAUCACGGAGAAAGCCUACUUUGACCUCAAAACCACCAAACGAGUCUACUGCUUCUGCGCGAUGGACGCCGCCAGCGCCCAGCAGUGGAUGGACAGCAUCCAGAGCUGCCUGUCCGACGCCUAGAGGGGGGCGGGGCUCUUUGAGAACAUUUCAGAAAAUUUUCUUAUAAAACUACAAAAGAAAAAAAAAAAAUCCCCAACCAGUCUGACCACUAUGAGUCUGAAUGCACAAAACCGACUCCCUCCAGAGCCCCCACCUGCAACCCCCCCACCUGUUCUGAUGGGAGGAGCCUGAUGCCCGGCGGACCAAAGCGGCCUCACUGCCUCAUGUAGCCACUCAGUGUCUUCAGAGGAGGGGGGGGGGUCCUCAGUGGUUCAUGAAGGAUUUUCUUUAUCGCCCCCACCCACCCUCCACCCCCCAGCUUUUUUUCUACAAUCAGAAGUGUGAUGAACUGUGAAAAGCAUCAACUGAUGGAGGCAGGAAGUGUUUACAGAGCAGAUGACCCCCCCAUCACUAAGAGGAACUCCUCCUGUAAGGGAAUCUGAGGGGGGAGCAGGACAAUGGAGAGGAGCGAGGUGUCGCACAGUAUUAUGGGAUGUCGUCGUCUUCAUAAACGGAGGGCAGGUCACAGCCCCCCCCUCACCACAGACCCCUCCCUGUACAAACCCCCGCACUGCUGUCUGUGAAGGUGAACCUGUAGAUUUGUUGAAUAACUCUCUUGUAUAUACUACUCCAAAUUUGUAUGUAACGUUUCUAGUAGUAAUUUAUUUAACUGGUCUUUUCAGUAAAGGUUUUUCACACCACUUUAUUUUUUAAUUAGGAAUCCAAUGUGCCAAUUGUUCAUUUGUGUAUUAAUGUGACUAAUGCUCUUUUGGUUUUUUUGGGAAAACCCUGGUUUUGAUACAGCACUCCUGAUUCCCCAGCAGUCAGUGAAGUGGUUCCAGUGUGGUUUCCCGCCGCUGAGGUCAACGCUCCUCCUGCCGCGUUUCUGUCCAUCCGCCGGUUGAACGGAGAGUGUCGAGCUCAGCGGUGGGAACGUCGCUGCCGCUCCUCGCCGCUUCACUUUCCUUUCCUACCCCCCCAGUGUACAGCAGCUACAGCUAACAACAAAACCCUCUUUAUUUAUUUGGUUUUUAUUUAGAACGUUCCCUCUGAGCCGGGCUGUCAAUCAUGUCAGUAUAGUUUCUAGACUCCAAAUAAAAACUGUGGGUUCAAACGUU